UGGCUGAGGCAAUGCCAGCAAUUUGCACACAUUCGACCAACCAACAGUGCACAGGUGGAAGGUGAUUAGUGUUUGGUGACAUUGUUUUCCGGACAAAAUGGCACAAACUUGUGUGACUGACGUCAUAGUCGAGCCCAAGUUUUCGGUAUGUUUGAUGAAAAACAUCAAAUUAACAUUGUUCAAAGUUUACUAAAACCAAACGCGUAACAUCGCUCGUCGGCACUGGGAAUGACUUUGUUUGAGGCUCAUUAGGGGCCAUUAGACACCGGCAUACUGGCUAUACCCGCAUGUCACCGCAAAGAGCAACCAUUCAUGUUGCCAAAUUCACCACCGCCGUGCAGGGUGGUAUUGUUUCAAUAGUUACUAUUGAUUGUUUUAUCGAGCAAAGCCACACCAUAUGGCGCACGGGUGCUGUAAAGACAUGUCUCAGCGGUGCUUCUCGCGAAACCGGCCCGAUGUGGCGAUGACGGGCUGCUAGCGAGACUCAUGCACUCACCAAACGGACAUACUAGACAGGCAAAUACUUAGUGCGAUUACCGGAAAAAUGCGUUUUAAAAAGGUGUUACCAAAAAUAUGUACAAUAUUUCGCGAACAGUCAUCCAGUGGACGACCAUGUCUGCAUCCCUAACACAGACGACGAAAUCGAACACCGCACUGUUGCCAGAAUUUCCGUCAUUCAUUCGUUUACUAUCGCCAUCGUGUGAGUGUUACUCUAGCUACCUAUCGAGAUGUCUGAAGUUGCCACUGAAGCCGCUGCCGCAGCCCCGGCUGCCUCGCCAGCCAAGACCAAGAAGCCAAGGGCCCCCAAGGGACAGGGCAAGCCGAAGAAGCCGUCGACCCACCCCCCAGUCAACGACAUGGUUGUUGCUGCCAUCAAAACCUUGAAGGAACGCAACGGAUCGUCCCUGCAGGCCAUCAAGAAGUACAUCGCCGCCAACUACAAAUGCGAUGUCGCCAAGCUUGCCCCAUUCCUCAAGAAGGCCUUGAAGAAUGGCGUCGAGAAGGGCAAGUUCGUCCAAACCAAGGGCACCGGCGCUUCCGGUUCGUUCAAGCUGAAGGCUGAAGCUAAGAAGGCCGCCAGUGAGAAGAAACCGAAGAAGGCCGGCGAGAAGAAGGCCAAGAAGGCUACCGGAGAGAAGAAGAAGGCCACCAAGAAACCAGCUGGGGAGAAGAAGGCCAAGAAGCCAGCCGGCGAGAAGAAAGCCAAGAAGCCGGCUGCAGCCAAGAAAGCCAAAGCUGCUGGUGCCAAGGCUGCCAAAAAGGCCGGUGGUGUGAAGAAGGCUGCUGCUCCGAAGCAGAAGGCCACCAAACCUUCCAAGACCGCCGCCAAGAAGCCCAAGACCCCAAAACCGAAGAAGGCUGCCCCAGCCAAGAAAGCUGCCGCGAAGAAGACCGCUGCCAAGAAGUAAAUUUGGGACAGCAACCGUACUGUUGUAAAACAGUAUCUAACAUCCAAUCAGUCCUUUUCAGGACUACCAUCCAAGUUUAGAACAAAGAGUUGCACAGUCAAUGAUAUUCCAUUCCUCUCACAGAGGGAAAUAAAUCCCCCCGAAAAGU